UCAUCCUUAUAAAACGCAAAAUGCCCAUCGUCGUAUGCAGAGAGACGGAAAGAGAGACCAAAACUCAGGGCGAAAAUGGAAUUAAACGAGAAGGAUAAGAUACGUUCUCACUGAAUUGUCCGCUCUUCUUCCUCCCCAAAUUCCUCUCUUAAAAAUCCCUAAUCUGGAGAAAAGAAAAUUCUCCAAAAUCGCUAGUUCUCAACCAAUUCAACCCCAUGAUCGGUCCUUUUUGCUAAGUUUUUAAGGCAAUUUCCAUUCCCAGAAAUGGCUUCAUCUUCUCCUUCCGAUGAUCGGCGAUGCAGACGAGUGGGCAGCUUAAACUGGCGCUGCCAUGAUACCGCCUCGCCGGGAAGAAUAUAUUGCGAGAAGCAUUACCAUCAGGCAAAGGCUCGAUACGAGAGGAGAAGAGAGAAGGAGAAGGAGAAGAGAUCCUUAGAUGGCCAAGAUGUGGAUCGCGGAUCGAAGAAUGCGAAGAAUCAAUCUCUCGACGGAACUGACGAUGUCAAAUUGAAGAAGGCAAAGAAGAGAUCUUUAGACGACAUCAACGACGACUCGAAGAAGGUGAAGAAGACAAGGAGAUCGGGAUCCGACGAUGGAGACGGCGAGGUGGGCGAGACGGAUUAUUUGAUGAAGAGAGUGUUGGGUGAUCAGGAAAAGGCCAUGGCUCUGUACAAGAUGGCGAAGGACGGAUCCGAUUUUGGCGGGAAGAGGAUCGUUUCCGGCGACGGUGAGCGGUUUUCCGGCGACAGGCAGGGGAAUUCCGGCGGAGGGAAGAAUUCCAGCGCGAUGAAGAUGACUCCAGACGCACGGAAAAGAAUGAUUCUUGGGAACGGAGGGGCAAAAAAGGAUUUACUGGAUCCUACCAGUGAGAAAAGGAAACAAAUUAGUGUGAUGGGGAGAGAAGCUAGAUCACUCAGUGAGGAGAUGGGGACUUCUGGCAACAGCAAGAGGAAUUCCUGUGACGUGAAGUGCAAAUCCGGCAGCAUGGGAAACCGGAAUCUUGGAAAUGUAGUAGUAGAGAUUGGAUCAUCGCAACUUGUUACUAGGAAAAACAACCAACAAACUAGUGCACUGGGAAGUAGAGAUCGGGAACUUGGUAAGGGAAUGGGGAGUUCCUGUGAGGAGACCAGGAACUUAGGUAGCAUGAGAAAACAGGCUCAUGGAAAUGUGGUAGCAGAGAUGGGAUCAUCAGAUGUUAACUGUAAAAACAAGAAACAAAUUGGUGUACUGAGGAGCAAUGAACGGGAACUCGUUGCAGGGAUGGGGAAUUCUAGCAAGGGGCAUGAGAAUGCCUGUGAGGAGAUGAGGAACUCUGUCAAGAAGAGGAAGUGGAAAGAUGGAAAUGGGGUAGCAGAGAUGGAAUCAUCACAUGUUACUAGUGAAAAAAAGGAACAAAGUAAUGUCAUGGAUCGCAAAGGUUUGCAGUUAGGCGAGAGGACAGGAAAAUCUGGUGAGCAGCCGAGGAGUAUCUGCAAAGAGAUGAUGAACUCUGCCAAGAAGAGAAAGCAGAAUCUUGGAAAUGGGGUAGCAGAGAUGGAAUCAUUAGACAUUACCACUAAAAAUAAGGAACGAACCAAUGCAAUGGGGAGCAAAGAUCGGGAAUUUGGUGAGGGUGCGGGGAAUUCUGGCGAGGGGAAGAGGAACUUCUCUGAGGAGACGAGGAACUCUUGCAGCAGGAGGAAACAGAAUGUUGGAAAGGGCGUAGCAGAGACGGGAUCAUCAGAUGGUACAUGUAAGAAAGAGGAACAGAAGAGUUUGAUGUGCCACCAAUGUCUGCGGAAUGACAAGGGUGAUGUUGUCAUAUGUUCUAAUUGCAAAAGGAAGCGCUACUGCUAUCCCUGCCUUGAAAAGUGGUAUCCUGAAAGAACAAGAGAGGACAUUGAGACUACAUGUCCUGUCUGUUGUGGAAAUUGCAAUUGCAAAGCAUGCUUGCGUAAUGUGGUCAUGAUGCCUAGCAGGCAGGAAGCAGAUGCAAAUGUCAAACUGCAACGGCUGAUCUACUUGCUACAGAAAGUCCUGCCCGUCCUUAGGCAAAUUCAUUCUGAGCAGCAAUCUGAAAUAGAAAUUGAAGCCAAAAUACAAGGGAUCCAACCAAUGGAAGUAUGUGUAACAAGGUCUAUGCUUGACAAGGAUGAGCGUCUUUACUGCGACAAUUGUCAUACAUCCGUUGUUGAUUUCUACCGAACCUGCCCCGAGUGUUCCUAUGAUCUCUGUCUCUCAUGUUGUCGAGAGCUCCGGGAAGGUCGGCAGCCUGGAGGAAGUGAAGCAAAGUCUGCUCACCAGCAGUUUGUAGAAAGAACUCAUGGUCAAGGUACAGAUGCAAGCACCCAAAGUAACACCAAAAGGAAAAGGUUUGGUUGGGAGAGUCAUUUGGCACGAGCCACAAAUGAUUGUGCUACUGAUUCAUCCCGCCCCUUUCCUGAUUGGGUAGCGACCAGUGAUGGUAGCAUUCAAUGUCCUCCAAAGGCCCGUGGUGGUUGUGGCAUCGCGUUACUGGUGUUGCGGCGUACAUUCAAAGUUAAUUGGGUAGUCAAGCUGCUUAAGAAUGCAGAGGACCUUACUAGCCGUUGUCAGUUUUCCAAUGAUGAUUUAUCUCAGGGGUGCCCUUUGUGCCUUCCUAAUGGUUCUCCAGCUGAACAUAACAAAAGUAAUUUGCGCCAGGCAGCUUCUAGAGAGAACAGUUGCAAUAACUUUCUGUACUGCCCAAAUGCACUAGACUUGGGAGGUGAUGGAAUUGAGCAUUUUCAGAGUCACUGGGUGAGAGGUGAACCAGUAAUAGUUAGAGAUGUUCAUGAAAGGACAUCCGGCCUUAGUUGGGAGCCAAUGGUCAUGUGGAGAGCUGUUAGAGAGAUGCGCAACAAAAACGUCAAAGAGGAGAAUAGAACUGUCAAAGCUAUAGAUUGCUUGGAUUGGUGUGAGGUUGAGAUUAAUAUUCACCAAUUCUUCCAAGGCUACUUGGAGGGUCGAAUGCAUAAGAAUUGGUGGCCAGAGAUGUUGAAGCUGAAGGAUUGGCCUUCUUCAAGCGCAUUUGAAGAGCGCCUACCAAGGCAUGGGGCUGAAUUUAUUGCAGCUCUCCCAUAUCAAGAUUAUACCCAUCCAAGAUCUGGUCUUUUGAAUCUUGCUGCAAAGCUUCCUGAUGGUUGCUUAAAGCCCGACUUGGGACCCAAAACAUACAUUGCAUAUGGAUGUUGUGAAGAGCUUGGCAGAGGUGAUUCAGUGACGAAGCUGCAUUGUGACAUGUCUGAUGCGGUUAAUGUUCUGACACACACAACUGAGGUGAAAAUGGCUGCAUGGCAACGUGAUGGUAUAAGAAAAAUGCAGAAGAAACAUGAGGCUCAAGACUUGCGAGAACUUUACGGUGGGGGGAUAAACAAAGUGGCAAAUGAUGCUACUAAAAUACAGAUAAAUGGAUCAGGGAAACAACUUCAGAGUAUAAAGCCUGUACCUACAAAAUGUGAAGACGGUGUUGAGAGCAAUCCACCAUUGCUAGAAGGUGAAAAUAUAAGGGCAGAAAAACUAGAAUUCUCAGACGGAGUAGUAGGAAGUCAAACCGAACAACUUGAUGCUAAUGACUCUGUACAUUUACAAUCUGAUGGCAUUGUUGAGAAGACUUUGCCGUCAUCAGCAUUUAUUAAUGCAGGGAGAGGUGAACCAGAUAAUCAGAAAAUUGCACUGGAACUGUCUGGUUCUCCAAAAUGUACAGAUAUGGCUGAUCCUGACACACUGGUGCAAGAAGAUAUGAACAUGAAGAUGCAGGUUUUGGAUGAUCAAGCAGAUAAGAUGAAUGAAUCUUCCAAUCCAAAAAUGAAUGUAGGGAGAGGUGAACCAGAUAAACAUAAAAUUGCACUGGAACUUUCUGGCUCUCCGAAAUGUACAGAUAUGGUUGGUCCUGACACACUAUUGCAAGAAGACAUAAACCUGAUGACACAGAUUUUGGAUGAUCAAGUUGAUAAGACGAACAAAUCUUGCAAUUCAAAAUGUGGAGACAUUGUGUAUAGCAACUCCCCGUUGCUGGAGAAAAUGUAUUUGGAGAAAGAACAGCCUGAGACCCAACAAAUGGAAAUGAAAGGUUCUUUAAUGCACGAGGGCUUGUUGCCAGAUAGCAUUGAUAUCGAGGAAACAGUGUUACAUAAUGAACAUCAUCAGGCGCAAGGUACUGAUUCUCCUACAUCUUACAAUACUGUUAAUAGAAAUUCACUAUUACAGGAAGACAUGGAUUUCAAGGCGGAGAAGCUAGAUAAACAGCACUAUACAGAUGUCGGACUUCAUAAAUGUGCAAGUAACGAUGAGAGGAAUUCACCUUUGCCCAAGACCAGUAACAGGUUGCUAGAAAGACGGGAUGGAGAAAAACUUGCAAUUUCAGAAUCCAGCUCUUCUAAAAGCAGGUCUGUUGCUCACAGGGAUUCUUCAUCAGCAGAUAAGGUUGAUGCAAGCAUUGCUCCCGGCUCUAAAUCUAGAUGCUGUCCUGACAUAGUUGGUGCUGAUUCUGAAAUAAUAGUUGAGAGGCAAUCAUGCAAUCCAGAAGAUGUUCCCCCCACUGAUGCUAAUCUGACAUUAGAAAACAAACCUUUCAAUGGGAAGGAUGAUGCUUUCAGAAAUUCUUUUUCAGAGGAGAAGGGAAUUUCUGGUCCAGGGUCAACAACGUCAGAUGAAGUGAAUGAUUCUCUUCACAGUGAUGACACUUCGAAAGUUGUUUAUGGAGGUGCCGUUUGGGAUAUCUUUCGUAGGCAGGAUGUGCCAAAACUAAUCAAGUACUUGCAAAAGCAUUGGAAAGAAUUUCGUCAUAUAAGCAGCCUUCCCGUCAAUUCUGUGAGUAUCGUUAUUCAUCCAAUUCAUGACCAAACUCUUUUCUUGAAUGAAAGGCAUAAGAAGCAGCUGAAAGAGGAGUUCGAUGUUGAACCUUGGACGUUUGAGCAAUACCUUGGGGAAGCAGUUUUUAUUCCAGCAGGAUGUCCUCAUCAAGUGAGAAAUAGGAAGUCAUGCAUUAAAGUUGCCCUUGACUUUGUAUCCCCUGACAACGUUCAAGAGUGCGUUCGGUUGACAGAAGAGUUCCGUUUGCUACCCAAAAACCAUAGAGCUAAGGAAGAUAAAUUGGAGGUCAAGAAGAUGGCUCUGUAUGCUGUUAGUGCUUCGGUCAGAGAAGCUAACAGCCUGAUCUCACAACUCGACUCUGGAAAGUGUUUUUGACUCAGAAACUUCAUCUUUAGCUGCCUCUGACUGGAUUAUUGAUCGAAUGACCAGCUGAUCAGGUGAAGCCUUUCAGCUGCCCAAAUUGCUGCAUCUAUUUUCCUUGCAGUAUUUCAACCUCAGCGAUUGGAUUCAGGAUCUAUGGGACUUGAAUGGUUCUUUCAAGUUUCACCUUGCACCAUCACACUCUCUGCUCUAGUAGUAAAAGAGAAGAGAACAGAAAUACUAACUGAAAGAGACAUUCAAGAGAAAAUUGAGUCUUCAUCAUGCAAAUUAAAAUCAUGAGAAUGAGAAAAAAAGGUGUGGAAUUGAGUUUGUUCAUACCUGCGGAAGACAUUUAAGUGGAAGCAAUGUGCUGGUGUGAAUUAACAUAUUGGGCCGGAUUCGAGGGCCUGGAUGUUAAUGGAAUUAAUGCAUUACACCAUUUGAAAAUGGAUGUUGAGAUGAUCUGGUUGUUGGCAGUGGCAGCUAAGAUUUUAACUGUUUAUUUCGGGUUCCACUUCUCUAGCUUCCCACACCCCCUGUUAGGUAUCAUUAUCUUCCAUGGUCAUUUUUAUAUACAAGCUCGAUUCUGGCCUGAAAGAUUUUUAUAAAAUCCAUAGUUUUUUUACCCAAGAAUGUGACUUGUAUCAUUGUAUGUGUUCCCUAUGUACAUAAAUGGGAACUUUCAGGAUAUGGCAGAUCAGCACCAAGUUGGUUAAAUGACUCUUGGAUUUAAAAGCUUCUUCUUCUUCUUCUU